CUCUUUGUUUGUUCGGCUUGUGACGGACGGCCCAGCCAGCAGGGGGACAGAGAGUCCAGUAACAACGACGUCUCGUCGUGCUUCUGUCCGGCAGAACCGUAGACAAGAGAGAGCAAGCUCAAGACCCCGGCUACCAUCCCGCGCGCUCCUCCCGUCCCACCUUCCGAUCCCCGAAAAAUCUAGCCUCCCCGAUUUUUUUUUCCGCCGCUGCAUUCCUUGCGCCCCGCCGAAGAGUCGAAAUGGAGAAUCCCCGCCUAGAGGAGCCGAGAGAUGGGAGCAGCACGGCAGAGGGAAACGUGGUACCCAGCAAUGCAUCUCCAUGCGCCUGCUUCUUCUGGAAGCCCCUCAGCCUCGUUCGCUGGCGACGAGAAACCUCUGCGAAUGGCCGCUGUGGGUGUUGCUGCCCACUUCCCGCCGGCGCCUCCUGGCAACCAACCUCGUACGCCUGCUUCUGGAGGUCCUGCAAGAGAAAGUUGUAUACCAUCAGUACGAAGUGUUCCAAACUCUCCUAUUUAGUAAGAAAAUAUACCACUCUUCAACUAUACUUUACAAAUAUUUAAUUAUUUUGGCAAUUUUGUUUCAUACAUUUACUCUCUUAUCCCUUCCAUUACGUGCUUUCCCAUUUUUAUGCAUCCAAGGGUGGGGGUUCAACAUUUGCUCUUUGAUAUGAUCUUAGCCCGAAAUAUGCUUGGAGAUGGUGAGUCCAUUAGCAUUCUGAAAGAAGCUUGAGUUUCAAGACAGUUCAAGGUGACCCCAUCUGAUGAAACAGAUGGUAACUCCAACAUGCGUGUUGCUUGCGGAACUCCAAACUCUUCUUUGGUGAAUCAGAGUCGCCGUGUUCGUGAGCCCCGAACGGAAUUGUUGGGUGUGCUAACAACCCCUUCUCCGAUUUGCGUAUCGGAGAUGUUUUGCUCUCGUCGAGCCCGACCCGAGAACCGCUUCGAAGCUGCAAAACAAUUCUCUAUUCCCAAGAAAGCAAAGGUUAAGCAAAGCCCAUUUCAGAAACUUCAGAGAUUACCAGUUGGGUGCCAUCUUGAUUUUGACCAUGAUCAUUUGUGUUCUAUCAAUCACCUUCGGGAGUUCUGGUACAGAUCUCAUGGUGGUGUUCUUGUCGAUGAUAAGGAGCGUGUAACAAAGACCGUCUUAUUCACAAUGUCUGUAUGGCCUGAAGUCUGCAAACCUUUCCUAAUUGUCACUCCUCCUCCUUCUCUAUCCUUAUGGGAGGAUCAGUUCAAUAACUUGGCACCAUUUAUCAAUGUUGUUAUGUAUGGUGGGGGGAAAGACAAGCUCAAAUCAAUCCAAGAUUUGGAAUUCUAUGAUAACAGAGGCUGUACUAUGUUGCAAGUUCUCUUAUCCCAUCCUGAUGCUAUCUUAGAGGAUAUUCAACCUAUAGCGCGCAUCGGUUGGGAGGCAAUCAUAGUUGAUUGUUAUCAAAACUCUGCUUCAACAUAUCUUGAACAACUGAAGAAACUUUCUGCUGAUUUUAGAUUGUUUCUUUUGAGCUCCCCAAUCAAGGAUAAGCUCUCAGAGUACAUGAAACUGCUACCUUUCCUUACUGGAGAGCAAGAAAAUGACAAUUACGCUGACACUACUGAUGCCGUUCUUAUGUCAGAAACAAAAUUCAGAGGUCAUAUUGCGUAUGAGCGGCAAUCAGAUCCAUUAAAAUAUUUGGAGUACUGGGUUCAUGCAAACUUUGCACGACUGCAGCUAGGGAUAUAUUGCUCCGUACUUCUUGCAAAUUCAUCUACCCUCCAGUCGCAGACGGAAACAGAUAGCAUUGGAGCUCAUUGCCACAUUCUUAUGUCUCUCUCAAAGUGUUGUGAUGACCCAUGCCUUGUUGAUGCUCGAACUGGAACUAUAGAUGCCAGAGUGCACUCAUGUGGCAAGCUGCUGCUGCUUGAAAAUAUGCUUAAAGAGAUAAGGAACAACAGGUUAAGAGUCAUUAUUCUUUUUCAGUCUGGUGGAGCAGCUGGAAACCCAAUAGGUGAUAUUUUGGAAGGUGUUGUGCAUCACAGAUUUGGCCGAGAGUCAUAUGAACGUGUUGAAGAUAGUUCAGCAAUUUCAAGUAAAAAGGCUGCAGUUGAUAUGUUCAAUGACAAGUCUAAAGGGAGAUUUGUUUUUCUGAUUGAAAGUCGUUCAUGCCUCUCAAACAUUGAGCUAUCAUCUAUUGAUGCCAUCAUCAUAUAUAAUAGUGACUGGAACCCACUGAAUGAUCUGAAGGCUCUUCAAAGAAUCAAAAUAGAGUCUCAAUUUAAAUAUGCGAGCAUUUUUCGCUUAUACACUCCUUUCACGAUAGAGGAGAAGAGGCUUGUGCUUGCAAAGGAGGGCAUACCCAUUACCAACAUCCAGGAUAUAACGUGUAGUUUAAGCCAUUCCUUGAUCAGAUGGGGUCCAUCAUUUCUCUUCACUACGCUGGAUGAGCUUCAGCAAGACAACUAUGCAAGUAAAAGUUCUGAAAGGGACACAAAAUUAAUGGAUACAGUAAUUUCAGAGUUUGUAACGAGAUUACCCACAAAUGCUGAAGACAACAACAAAAUAAAUAGCACGGCCAUAUCAAGAGCUAAUAUGAGUGGGGAUGAUUAUUCAAGAAACAUUACUCUAAUAGGGGAAAAGGAGAGAAUCCCUUCAGUGGAUGGAGAUCCAUCGAAAUUUUGGUUACAUAUACUGGAUGGGAAAUCCCCUUGUUGGAGCUAUAUGUCUGAGACAUCUCAAUCAAGCUGUAGAACGUUAAAGAAUAGGGAAGAGCCAGCCAACGUUCCUGCUGAAGAAGCUGGUGAAGCCAGAAGGAAGCGUAUAAAGAUUGACGGAAAUCACGCUAUAUCAAGCCUUGCUCCUCAACUACUUGAUGACACAGAACAAAAUUUAGGGGUGAGAAAACUGAUGGGCACACCGAACAAUCUCCACGCGAAACUUAAGCAAGAGCUGUCAGAAGUAAUAAAGGUGCUACAAUUGCCGGAUAACGUAAGAGUUAUGGCCGAACAAUUUCUUAAUUAUAUGUUGAAAAAUCAUCUAGUUUUAUCAGAGCCAGUGGGUAUGUUGCACGCAUUCAACAUAGCCUUGUGUUGGCGUGCUGCUUCUUUUCUCAAGCAUCAGUUAGAUCAGAAAGAGUCACUCGCCCUUGCUGAACAAUUCUUGAGAAAUGAGUGCAAUGAAGGGCUUAUAGCAUUUAUGUAUGGAAAAUUGAGGAUCCUGAAGAAAAUGUUUCCACGUAGAGCUGGUGAAAGCAGCAUCCGUUGUAGUUCUGAUGGCAUUGGUUUACCAAGAGCUGGUUGUUCAUCAAGUGUUAUUCCUGCAAAUGAUGAUUCAAUUGGUCAGGAAUCUCUAACUGGUGAGUGUAGAAAUACUGAACAUGCUGAGAGGGAUAAUAUUGCUAAUCCAAGUAUGUUGCUGGGAGGUACAAUUUCUGUUGUUAAGAGAGUUAGUGCAAGUAAUGAUGGCACUCUUUACGCGGACCAAGUCUGCUUGGAGUUACCAAUUUUAGCUUCUUCAAUCCCAACGCGGGACGAUCAACCGGCAGAAGCAGAAGGAGCAGGUAUCUUGGGUGCCGUGGCAGCUCAGGAUUUGCAGCCUGAAAUUCAACCAUCGACCUCAAUGCAGGAUAUUCCAUCUGAAAGUAUUCCCGUUCAUCAAAGUGUAGAACCUUCACUAGAUCCACAUCCAGGAGUAGAAUCAGCACACACGUCUGAUGUGGUGAGAGCUCAUGAUCUGCAGGCCGAAAUACAACCAUCAGUCUCAAUGCAGGAUCCACCUGCAGAAGCAGGAUCUGAUGUGUUGGGCACCACGUCAGCCCAAGGUUUGCAGCCUGAAAUGCGCUCAUCAACCACAAAGCAACAGGUCCCACAUGAAAGAACACGCUCUGAAGAAAGGAGACAGGAAGCUUUUCUGCCAAAUUUGGCACCUCGUCCUGGGCAGCCCACCCAACUCUCUCCAGUCACAACAUCAGUGUCUAAAAAGCCAAGGAUGGAAAAUGAACUGCUGGACUGGUUAAAGCAUCAGCACACUUUGCUUAGUAAAGACCAUGAACAGAAGAGAUCACGGCUUCUAGAAGAGUACAACCAAGAAAUUGGCAAGGUCUUUGGCAAAAAAGAAGAAACUGACAAGGUAAAUUCGAAGUAUGGCUCAUUGGUACUAGAAGAAAAAAACACUUUUCUCCAGGGCAAGAAGGAGCUUGAUGAUAUCUACAGGAAAGUUUUUUUUAAACCAAUCAGUAGCUGAGAACUUUCCAAUGAUUUCCAAACCAUCAUCUGCAUCUCAAGGUGGAGUAAUGGAGCAGCAGCUUGACUCUUCUUCAGCCACUCAAACCUCAGUGUCACCAGUUAUUUCGUCAGUAGACAUUCUACAACCAGCAAGACCCUAUGUCCGACCUUCAUUGGUGGCUCAACUAUCAUCGUCACAGACUAUCCAACCACAACCAACUAUACCUAGCAAUCUCUAUGGAGCCAGCACGUCGUCACAUUUUGUUCCAGCAUCUGUGCCACGUGGCAGCUUUGUAGCACAACCACGUAUUGUCCAACCACAACCAAUCUUACCCGGCAAUCUCUAUAGAACAAUGUCACCACCUUCUAUGAUGACGAGCUACGGAUCCAUCGGAGCACAACUACAUGCUGCCACACCUCAUCUCCAGCAAUUCGGUAUGCGACCACCAUAUGUGGCCACUCUCGCAAACCAGCAGCACCUCUCUGCUACUCCAGCGGAGGAACAGUAUGGCGCUGGUAUUAUGGGAGCGACAAGUCGGCAAGCAGGUGGCAUAUUGACCUCUAUGACUUCAAGUUCGGUUCACCACCAUACAAUAUCAUCAGCUUCACGGUUACACCCAGCUCUCCCAGCAGCAUCCUCGCUACCAUAUGGUCGGCGAGAUUCGUCCAUGGCCAACAUUUUGCGGUCAUCUAGUUCAAAUCCUACUUUCAUGGUAGCCACCCAGCAAUCAUCAGAUCCCAACAUAGUCUUGGGCAGCACCGCAUAUCCGCUGAAUGCAGCACCAGGAAGCUGGCAUGCUGGUGCUCGAAUAGCUGGUCGUGUCAAUCAACCCGGCUCCCAAUCGGCAUUACCGAAUGCGCAUCUGCCAGCUAGGCUGGGUAUGACUAGCAGUUCUGCAGGCACAGGCCAGGGACCAUCCACCAGUCAUGUGCCUGUCCGACGACAGCGACAACGGUGAACAGCAGCGAGAACCGAUUUGCACGUUGUUACUACUUGGUCCGUGUGCAGCAACUGCCUACCUAAACCUCUAUUUUUUUUGCGCAUCUUGAAAAUCUGGCUUGUAUUGACUUGUUGGUUUACAUUACCUGUACAUGCAUGUGACUCUUACUCUUGACAUGCGGUGGUACAAACUAUACAUAGCUGAUGUGCUGUUGCUGCACCUGCUUAGUUUGGUUUACCUUGUUUUCAA